AUGCAUGAUGUGCUUGGCCACCGCAACGACAACGACGUGCAGCAGUACUGCAAGCUGAUGGGCAUCGACGAUCGCAACGCCAUCAGCAGCAAGCAGUGUACAACGUGCGCAGUGACCAAGAGCACUCGUCACAGCGUCAGCAAGCACGCGGAACGCACACAGGUGCCCGGCGAGCGCAUCCACGCCGACAUCGUCGACUGGACCGCGGACUCGCCCACGGGCAAGCGCUACAGCCUCGUCAUCGUCGAUGAGGGAAGCAAGCUCCUACAUGCAGUCCACCUCAACGCCAAGAAGGACGCAGUUGCCGCGUUCCAGUCUUUCCUGCGCCAGACCAAGCUCCCCAUCUCGCCCACAACAACAGCACUCCAGACGGAUUCCGAUGCCAUCUUCCUCGGAGCUGACUUCCAGGCCAUCGUCAAGAAGCACCUGAAGCAGCACCAGCAGUCCCCGCCGUACACCCAGGCGCAGAACGGCAUCGUCGAGCGACAGGUGCGCACCCUCUCCGACAUGGUGCGAGCCAUGAUCACGGGUGCAGGCCUUGACGCAUCGUACUGGAGUUUCGCCUGCAACCACGCCCUGCACAUCCUCAACAACAUGCCUCGCCCUUCCCUCCACGGCAAGACACCGCUGCAGCUUGUCACGGGCUCGCUGCCCAAGCACGUGCCGCAGCUGCACAUCUUCGGGCAGCCGGCCGUCGUCCACAUCAGCACACAGCGCGGACGCCUGCAGCCCAAGGGUCGUCGAGGCAUCUACGUCGGCUACAACAGCAGCAGCAACAGCCACCUCGUCUACUUCGCAGACACAAACACCGUUGUGUCCUCCAUCCACGUCCGCUUCCUUCCCUUCUCCAAGGCCGAUGAUGUUGUGGAUGAGGGGGAGGAGCAAGUGCAGACAUCCACGACAUCGUCCAUGCUCCAGCUUCCCAGUGCACGUGACAGCAGCAACAGCACCACUGACGGUGAGCCGCCAACGGUUCACAUCGACGAGGACCAGGACGAGGAUGUCGAGACAGACUUCCUGCUCACGGACUUUGACGACGACAGCAGCAGCGACACCAACGACGCCAACUACGAUCCAGACACAACAGAUGCAAGCGACACCGAGGCAGGCGCGUUCACAGCAAGCAGCAGCGACGACACCAGCCUCACGGAGCCUGCAAGCAUCAAGCAGGCACUCAAGAGCCAGCAACGCAAGCAGUGGACUCAGGCAUGCUUGGAGGAGAUCGGGGCCAUGGAGCGCAACGACGUCAUCAAGCUCAUCCCACGCAGCGCAGUGCCACGGCAGCACACGCCUCUCAAGUCGCGCUUCGUCUUCAAGGUGAAGCGUGAUGCUGAGGGCGCGCCGACGCGCUUCAAGGCACGCUGGGUCGCCAAGGGCUUCAGCCAACGACGGGGCAUCGACUUCCACCAGACCUACGCCCCAACACCAGCAGCCAAGACCAUCCUCACUGUGCUCGCCGUCUCCCUGCAACGACAGCACCAGCUGCACCAGCUCGACUUCAAGUCGGCUUACCUGCAGGCUGAUCUCAAGGAGGAGCUGUACAUGGAGCUGCCGCCGCACUUCACCGACAUCGGCGACGGCGCUCAACGCUACGCGGGCAAGGUGUGCCGGCUGCUCAAGCCGCUCUACGGCCUCAAGCAAGCUGGCCGUGCAUGGGCCAAGAAGCUGCACACCUUCCUCAAGACCAACGGAUGGGCGCAGAGCCACGAUUCAAGAUGGACCUGCCCAAGUUCUCUGGCUCGCCCGGCACCUUUUCAUGCGUGGAGCAUUCGCAUGAAGAUGGCGCUCAAGCUCCGCGGCGACGACGUCUGGGCAGCUGUGGAGGCAGGAGCAUCGUCAUCGGGAGGUCCAAGCUCAGCGACACGCUCAAGUGCAAGGAGACCGACAGCAGGAGAUCACGCCAACCUCACCGCUGCAAACCUCAUCGCGUCCACGCUCUCAGGCUACCCCCUUCUCCUCUUCACCAACGGAGAAGCAGACGUCAACGCCGGCCAAGGAUGGGCCCGGCUCAAGGACCACUACGCUUCGCAGGACCGCCUCCGCAUCGCAGAGCUCAAGGAGGCGCAGCUUCACGUCCCCUGCGGCAACCUCGCCCGCUUCUUCGAGCGACACAUGGAGCUGCAGCAGCAGUUGCAGGACGCAGGCGUGCGCCAGGACAACGAGGACCUCUUCACCAUCGUCUGGAAGCAGCUGCCACGCUGGACAGCCCCGCUCACGCUUCCCUACUUUGCCAGUGGCCGCUUUCCCUCCCUCCUCGAGCUCAGCAUCAGGCUGCAGCAGCUGGAGCAGCAGAUGCGUGGUUCACGCACACAGCCGCAGGCAGGCGGCUUCAUGGCAAGCGCACCGCCACGCAGAGGUGGAAGACGCGGCUUCUCCAACAGCAGCAACAACCACGGACGCCAGGGACGCAACAAUGGCAACAGCAAUGGCAACAGCAACGGCAACAGCAACGGCAAGGAGCGCCGCUUCCGUGGCAACUGUCACUACUGUGGCAAGUAUGGACACCGUGCAGCAGAGUGUCGCAAGAAGCAACGCGACAACGGAGCAACAGGCUUCACUGCACAGGCACAGCAUCAACAUGGUCAAGACGCAGCAACCUUCGUCGCUGCCACAGCUACUACACCCACGCAGCUGCACGACCCACUCACGUGGCUUGCAGACACGGGUGCUUCACACCACCUCACCUUCGUCAAGGACGCCUUCGUGGAGCUGACACCGCACCUGCAACAGCACCAUCCACGCCACAUCACUGCGUUUGGCGGCACACGUGUGCCCGUGCGCGGUGUUGGCUCUGUGCUGUUGCAUGCACGCACGACGAGCGGAGCUACGAUGCAGAUUGUGCUACAGGAGUGCCUCUACGUGCCCGAGGGCCAGGCCAACCUCAUCGCCCUCGGUCGUCUGACCAGGGACAGCAGCGGCAGGCCAACGGGCCACUCGCAGCGUGAUGGCGCUGAUGGGCACUACGUGCGCUUCAGCCACGGAGCCGAGGUCAAGCUGAAGGAGCGCAACAGCCUCCGGUGCUGGCCCAUUGUUGCUGUUGGUCCAUCCACGGCACACGGUCUCACCGCUGAUGCCUGCAAGCAACCACAGCAACCCGCAGCAGCUCCUGCAGCCCAGAGCAAGGCACACACACCAUCGAUGCAUGAUGUGCUUGGCCACCGCAACGACAACGACGUGCAGCAGUACUGCAAGCUGAUGGGCAUCGACGAUCGCAACGCCAUCAGCAGCAAGCAGUGUACAACGUGCGCAGUGACCAAGAGCACUCGUCACAGCGUCAGCAAGCACGCGGAACGCACACAGGUGCCCGGCGAGCGCAUCCACGCCGACAUCGUCGACUGGACCGCGGACUCACCCACGGGCAAGCGCUACAGCCUCGUCAUCGUCGAUGAGGGAAGCAAGCUCCUGCAUGCAGUCCAUCUCAACGCCAAGAAGGACGCAGUUGCCGCGUUCCAGUCUUUCCUGCGCGAGACCAAGCUCCCCAUCUCGCCCACAACAACAGCACUCCAGACGGAUUCCGAUGCCAUCUUCCUCGGAGCUGACUUCCAGGCCAUCGUCAAGAAGCACCUGAAGCAGCACCAGCAGUCCCCGCCGUACACCCAGGCGCAGAACGGCAUCGUCGAGCGACAGGUGCGCACCCUCUCCGACAUGGUGCGAGCCAUGAUCACGGGUGCAGGCCUUGACGCAUCGUACUGGAGCCUCGCCUGCAACCACGCCCUCCAUAUCCUCAACAACAUGCCUCGCCCUUCCCUCCACGGCAAGACACCGCUGCAAAUUGUCACGGGCUCGCUGCCCAAGCACCUGCCGCAGCUGCACGUCUUCGGGCAGCCGGCCGUCGUCCACAUCAGCACACAGCGCGGUCGCCUGCAGCCCAAGGGUCGUCGAGGCAUCUACGUCGGCCACAACAGCAGCAGCAACAGCCACCUCGUCUACUUUGCAGACACAAACACUGUUGUGUCCUCCAUCCACGUCCGCUUCCUUCCCUUCUCCAAGGCCGAUGAUGUCGUGGAUGAGGGGGAGGAGCAAGUGCAGACAUCCACGACAUCGUCCAUGCUCCAGCUUCCCAGUGCACGUGACAGCAGCAACAGCACCACUGACGGUGAGCCACCAACGGUUCACAUCGACGAUGACCAGGACGAGGAUGUCGAGACAGACUUCCUGCUCACGGACUUUGACGACGACAGCAGCAGCGACACCAACGACGCCAACUACGAUCCAGACACAACAGACGCAAGCGACACCGAGGCAGGCGCGUUCACAGCAAGCAGCAGUGGCGACACCAGCCUCACGGAGCCUGCAAGCAUCAAGCAGGCACUCAAGAGCCAGCAACGCAAGCAGUGGACUCAGGCAUGCUUGGAGGAGAUCGGGGCCAUGGAGCGCAACGGCGUUAUCAAGCUCAUCCCACGCAGCGCCGUGCCACGGCAGCACACGCCUCUCAAGUCGCGCUUCGUCUUCAAGGUGAAGCCACCAGCUGCACCAGCUCGACUUCAAGUCGGCUUACCUGCAGGCUGA